AUGGCUCGCGACGUUCAUAACCCUCUUCUUUUUGAAAUAGCUUGGGAGGUUGCAAACAAAGCUCCCGUUACUGUUCACGAAUAUGGCGAUAGCUACACUUUAAUUGGCCCUUUAAACUAUAGAACUGCUGCUGCUGAAGUGGAAUCUGAACCUGUGUCUAAUACUCACAUGAGAGAAAUUCUUGAGGAUAUGACUUAUCAAGGUAUCAAAUGGAUGUAUGGUAGAUGGUUAAUCGAAGGUGCUCCUCAUGUCCUUCUCCUUGAUACUACUUCUAUCAUUGAGAGGCUUGAUUCAUGGAAGGCUGAUUUAUGGAAUGUGGCUGGUAUUCCCUCUCCUCCAAAUGAUCAAGAAACAAAUGAUUCGGUUCUUUUUGCUGUAAUAGCUCAUUUUCACGAAUGGCAAUCUUCAUGUGCUAUUCCUCUUAUGCGUAAAAGACGUACUGAUUUGACUACCAUCUUUACCACUCAUGCUACCUUAUUGGGUCGUUAUCUAUGUGCUGGUUCCACUGAUUUUUACAAUAACAUUACUAAAUUUUCUGUCGAUGAGGAAACUGGCAAGCGUGGUAUAUAUCAUCGUUAUUGUAUAGAACGUGCCGCUGCCCAUUGUUGUGAUGUGUUUACCACUGUGAGUCAGAUUACCGCUUUUGAAGCUGAACAUUUAUUAAAAAGAAAACCAGAUGGUGUACUUCCUAAUGGUUUGAACGUAAUCAAAUUUUCUGCCAUGCAUGAAUUCCAAAAUUUGCACGCAAAGAGCAAAGAAAAAAUUCAUAAUUUUGUUCGUGGCCAUUUUUAUGGUCAUUAUGAUUUCGAUCUUGAUAAUACUUUAUAUUUUUUCACCGCUGGUCGUUAUGAAUAUAGAAAUAAAGGCGUUGAUAUGUUUAUAGAAUCUUUAGGCCGUCUUAAUGCUCGUCUAAAAGCUUGUAACUCACCAAUGACGGUCGUUGCUUUUAUCGUAAUGCCUGCUGCUACACAAUCAUUUGCUGUUGAAUCUCUAAAAGCACAAGUUGUAACAAAACAACUUCAAGAGACUGUAAAAGAAAUCACUGAUCGAAUUGGUCAGAGAAUAUUUGAGAAAGCUGCUCGAUACACUGGUGGUGAUAUAAAUGACGCUGUCAUUGAUCCUCUUGAACUUCUCACUAAUGAGGAAAAAGUGCUUUUAAAACGUCGUGUAAUUGCUCUCAAACGUAGUACUUUACCGGCCAUAGUUACACAUAAUAUGUGUGAUGAUAAUGAUGAUCCAAUUUUAAUGCAAUUACGUCGUCUUCAACUUUUUAAUCAUCCAACCGAUCGUGUGAAAGUAAUUUUCCAUCCUGAAUUUUUAAAUUCUAAUAAUCCUCUAAUUGGUUUGGAUUACGAUGACUUUGUUCGUGGUUGCCAUCUUGGUGUUUUUCCCAGUUAUUAUGAACCUUGGGGAUACACUCCUGCUGAAUGCACUGUAAUGGGUGUACCUUCAAUAACAACUAAUCUAUCUGGUUUUGGUUGUUUCAUUGAAGAAGUUGUUGAAAAUUCUUCUGAUUAUGGUAUAUACAUAAUAGAUCGUAGAAUGAAAUCCGUUGAAGAAUCUAUUCAACAAAUUGUUGAUUGUAUGUUACAAUACUGUCAAAAAUCAAGACGUCAAAGAAUUAAUCAACGUAAUCGAACUGAAAGAUUAUCCGAUUUAUUGGAUUGGAAAUUAAUGGGAAUGGAAUAUGUUAGAGCUAGAAAAUUGGCUUUACAUCGUGCUUAUCCUGAUAGUUUUAUGGGUUCUGAUCUUGGUGAUUUUCAACAAUAUAAAUUCAGAAUUCCUAGACCAUUUUCUGCCCCCGCUUCUCCUAAAAUUAAGGGUAGUAAUAAUUCGGAUAGUGUUGAUGAUAUAUCAGAACAAAUGGCUGCUUUUGGUUUUGGGAUGGGUCACGAUGAUGAAGAUGAAUAUCCGUUUCCUAUGAUCUUAAAGAGAAGUGACUCAUCAAGAAAUUUAUUUACUCAGAAUGAAUUGCCAAAAUAA